AUGAAGUGCCUGAACAACCGGGCAGAGAGCCACCUGACCGGGCAGGUGGAGUGCGAGCUGGAGAGCGUGGGGAACGGGGCCUGGGUGAACCAGGGUUACUGUGGCACCCCUCCACCGCUGCCCCGGGCCGUCAGCACCAUCUACAACCCCCAGCCCCUCUUCCAGGGUCCCAGCGACGGCAUGUGCAAGCUGGACACCCCGAGUCCUUUCCCAGAGGAGCCAGAGCCCCUGAACCGCAGCAUGGUGAAGAAACGUGGAGGCUGCUGCUCCUUCAUCAAAGGGCUGUGGGGCACAACGCUGACUGAAAACACUUCAGACAACAGGGAACUGUUUGUGCGGACCACGCUGCGUGAGUUACUGGUCUACGUGGUCUUCCUGGUGGACAUAUGCCUCCUGACAUAUGGCAUGACCAGCUCAAGCACCUACUAUUACACCAAAGCCAUGACGGACCUAUUUGUGAACACAGCCGGUGACCACGGGGUUAGGUUUCAGUCCAUUAGCACCAUGGCCGACUUCUGGAUUUACGUCCAGGGCCCACUGCUGGACGGCCUGUACUGGACGAAGUGGUACAAUAACCAGUCUCUGGACAGCGGAGACAAGUCCUUCAUCUACUAUGAGAACAUGCUGCUGGGCGUCCCCAGGAUGAGGCAGAUCAAGAUCAAGAACAACUCCUGCAAGGUCCACAGCGACUUCCAGGACGAAAUAACCGGAUGUUUCGAUGUCUACAACGAGAAGAAGGAGGACGACUUUGCCUUUGGCCUCAUCAACGGCACUGCCUGGACUUACCAAUCAGAAAAGGAGAUAAAGGGCUCGGCUCACUGGGGCUUGUUAACGACGUACAGUGGAGCGGGAUACUACCAGGACCUGAGUCAGAUCAAGGAGGACAGCGCCGCCAUACUGACGGAGUUGAUGAACAACCUGUGGCUGGACCGAGGAACCAGAGCGGUCUUCAUCGACUUCUCCACCUACAACGCCAACAUCAACAUGUUCUGUGUCAUCAGGUUGCUGGUUGAAUUCCCAGCAAGUGGCGGAGCAAUCCCUUCCUACCAGAUAAGAACAGUUAAACUGAUUCGCUACAUCACCUACUGGGAUUACUUCAUCCUCGCCUGCGAGAUGGUCUUCUGUUUAUUCAUCCUCUACUACAUCGUGGAGGAGAUUCUCGAGCUGCGAAUACACAAGUUCUCCUACUUCAAGAGCAUCUGGAACAUACUGGACAUUGUUGUCAUACUGCUUGCCAUCAUUGCAAUUAUUUUCAACAUUUUCCGUACCAUCAAAGUGGACAAAUUACUUGGAAAACUGCUCCAGCAGCCCAAUAUCUAUGCAGACUUUGAAUUUCUUGCAUUCUGGCAAACACAAUACAACAACAUGAAUGCAGUGAACUUGUUCUUCGCUUGGAUAAAGGUUUUCAAGUACAUCAGUUUCAAUAAGACCAUGACUCAGCUGUCCUCCACUUUGGGCCGAUGUGCUAAAGACAUCAUGGGAUUCGCCAUAAUGUUCUUCAUCGUGUUCUUUGCCUACGCUCAGCUCGGAUAUCUGCUCUUUGGAAUGGAGGUCGAAUCCUUCAGCACCUUCGCCAAGUGCAUCUUCACACAGUUCAGGAUUAUUCUUGGAGACUUUGAUUACGAUGCCAUCGAACGAGCUAACAGAGUCCUGGGGCCGAUCUACUUUGUCACCUAUGUGUUCUUUGUCUUCUUUGUUCUACUGAAUAUGUUUUUGGCCAUCAUAAAUGACACAUAUUCUGAGGUGAAGGAGGAACUCUCAUCACAGAAGGACGAGCUGCAGAUUACUGACAUCAUCAAACAGAGCUACAUGAAGACAUUUACAAAGUUAAAACUGAAAAAGGAGAAGAUAUCAGAUGUUCAGAAAGCCCUACGCUCUGGAUCUGGAGAAAUCGAGUUCAAGGACUUCAGAGAGACCCUCAAAGAGAUGGGGCACGCCGAUCAUGAAAUUUCUGCAGCUUUCUCCCAUUUUGACCGCGAUGGGAACCAAAUUCUAGACCGAGAAGAACAAGAGAGGAUGAAAAUCGAGCUGGAGGAGAAGAGGGAUGCUCUGAGUGCUGAACUCAACAAUCUUGGAAUAAAUUAUGGCAAAGGUUUUCUGGAGGAGACUCCUGUGACUUCCAAUGAGCAGAAAAACAAUCCCAGUAAAGCCACGGUGGAGCAAGAAGAGUUUCAAAGACUGACCAGGCAGGUUCUCCAACUUGAAAACUCUGUGGCAGCGAUUACGUCCAGGAUGGAGCUGAUCAUGGCGAAGCUGCACGAGAAAACUAAAGGGAAGGAAACAACAGGGAAACCGUCUGUGACCGGUGAUGACAAUGAUAAACCUGGUGCAGAUGGGAGAGUGUUGCUCAGCCUGGACCGAGGGAUGAAAGCUGACAUGUCGUCACUGAGACCAGCCACUCCGAGCAUCUCCGCAUUAGACUGCCACUUGUGA